AUGGCGCCGAAAAAGCCACCCGCAAAUGGCAGCCUCCCUGAGCCCAAUGCUGGUCUGUCAGCCGAUCGCGACGAUGCUGAGCGCAUCCGUCAGGCAGCGGAAGAAGCGCUGUGGGUGGAGAGUGCUGAAGAGUGGUUGGAAGAGGUCGAUGACAUGUACUCAAUGGAGGAUGAGGAGGAUGAGGAAGAGGACGAGGAUGCGGAGGCUACUGCUUCCACCCAGGAUCAGAUCACUCAGCAGAAUCGACCUGACACGCAUGAAAUGAAGUCUCUGAAGCUGGUGGCGGAGCUGGCGGAGGAGGAGCUCAAGGACCCGGAGUCCUUCCCUGUCCUGCACCCCGAAUAUGGGAUAGAAGUUCCCCAUGAAGGCGGCCUAGAGUGGAAGUGUGUGUACGGUAGAAAAGGAGCCAAGUAUGAAGGGACGCUGGAUGUAUAUCGCAGUCAGCAAGUGUUUGGCAUGAACCAGCCGGAGGGUGGCCCCCCGGACAGCGAUGCCCCCUUGCGAGUGACCAACAAGAACAGCUCCACCCUGGUAUACAACCUGGUGUAUCGCGAGUACAUCAUGGGCAGGGGUGUACAUCAAGACCUGCUGGGGGACCAGUAUGCCGGUGAGUGGUGGGGCGGCCUCCGGCAGGGCCAUGGCACUCAGACGUGGAUCAAUCGGGAGCACAUCAAGACGGUGGACGAUGAAGACAUGUACAAGACGGACGUUGAUGAUCCGUCCACUGUAGACGCUGCAGACAGCCUGGACAAGAGUGACAAGUUUUGGGACAAGAGGCACCCCUUUUACACCGGCAAGCGCAGGUUUGCCUACCUGCAUGACAAAGACGAGGAGCCGGGCUGGAUCCGCCCGGAGGAUGGGGAGCUGCGCGGCAAGCACGGCGCCUUCCCUGACAUCUACCAGUGGACAACGGCCGACAAUCUGGUGGGGACCUACUCUGGCCAGUGGUAUCGGGACACACCUGAGGGUUGCGGGGUUAUGGUCUGGAGCGAUGGAACCUCCCUUGCGGGAGAGUGGCGCCGGGGAGCUUACAUUGGGAAUUUCCCGGUGUGCACUUACCAAGAAGCAGAUUUUCACAUGCGCCUUGCCCAGCUCGCUGCUCAGAAAGCGAAAAUGUUUCAGUACAAGCCCCAAGACAUGACCGUCGUCCAUGAGAAGCCACAUCUGUGGCAGCACCCAUACUUCUAUGACGAUGGCGACCAGUGGCGCGCACCAGGGCCCAUACACAAGUUCUACGAGGUCCCUCCUGAGUACCGCGCGCGCGUGGAGCGCAUGGACGCUGAGCGCGAGGCUUGGCUGGACGGGUGGAAGAACGCGGGGAAGGAGCACCCUGACUGGCACCAGCAGUGGACGGCGAUUGAGGCGGUGGAGCAGCAGCAGCUGGUGCAGGUUAACUUCGGAGAGCCGUCCCCGCUCAUGGAGCUCGCAGAGCAGGCCGACAAGACGGACACCGAUGACGUGCACGAGCAGCUCAGGCUGUCGGCUGCCGCCCGUGGCGCCAUUAUCCCCAGUGUGCGGGAGCUGCGGGAGUUGGCAUCCGGCCGCCAGCUGGGGCCUGGGCAGCUGCUGACGCUGCUGGCGCAGGGCAAGGCCCCGCCGCUGCAGAUGGAGGACAUUGAGGCGACCGUCCAGUUCGUGGACAAGUAUGGGGACGAAGGCCUCAUUGGGGUUGAUGAUCAGAUCGAGGACGGGCGCACACAACCCAUGACCGUGGAACGGGCCAGGGAGCUGCUGUUGGAAGCGAUCCCAGAAACGCUCCUCCGAGAAAGCCGGCAGAGGUUCGAGGCAGGCAAGACCCUGGAGCCCCCUCCAGUGAACCUGCUACGUUUGGAGACUCAGCCGAUGCGCGCCGCUCCGGACAAGGACAGCCCAGAGUACGCACAGAAGGUGAAGGAGCGGGUGCUGCGGCGCGCGGAGGAGGCUCUGCAGGAGCUGAACGACCAGCUGCAGGCCGCGCUGCGCCUGAAGCGCCUGCCGGGGCUGCCCCUCACGCUGGACGAUGCGCAGCGCGACUACCUGCGCAAGGUCAAGGACGAGUACCAGCUGCGCCUCAACACCAUCCGGGAGCGCCGGCUGCGAGCAGUGGCGGUGGAGGAGGUCCCGGCCAACGAGGGCAACAUGGGCGGCCUGGACCUAAGCGACGUGGAGCGCAAGGCCCGCCUGGAGCGCCUGCAGAUGGGCCGGGAAAGGGCACUCCUGCCGGGGGAGGAGGAAGUCGUCGGCGGGGAGGAGCCCAAGGGGUGGCAGGAGAAGGCGGACCGCGCGACGAUUCAAACGAUGGCGGACAGGGAAGACGAGCCGGAGAGCGCCCUGGUCCUGCGUGGGAUGCUUCCAGACGAGCUGAGAAGGACGCAGAAGCACGCGCAGCGCUUCUACAAUCUGGAGCUGGAGGCCACGGAGAAGCUGCUCGAGUUCAGCCGGCUGCUCGAGAACUACUCGCGCGUUCCCAACGACGCGCCUCUCGAGAAUCCCUCCUCCGCUCGGCCCCCGCUUCUUCCCGCCCACCCUCCUGGCCACAUCUCCAACCCUCUGCCACCAGUGAACACCCCCGCAGAAGCAGCGGAGGCAGUCAUGAGCGCGGCCUCCAAAGCCGGUCAUGCGCCCCUCCGCGGGGCCAGCAAGUUCCUCGGCAUCCUGCCGUUCGGUAACUGGUUGCGCCCCGCUUCCUCCCCGACCCCGGUUGAAGCCUAUGCUGAAUACCUGGAAGAGCUGCCCGUGCGCAGCAAGCUGGAAUGGACGGCGGAUGCGGCGCCGCGUGUGGCAGUCGGGCCUGGCGGGGAAGUGAUUGAGGCGGAGGGUAACUUGGAGUACCAGGACUCGCUAGAGCGGCUGCGUGCGGAACGGGCGCAGCUGGCGGAGGACAUCCGGCGCGAGCAGGACGAGCUGAUGGUGGAAGAGGCGAGCACGUACGUGGCCAAUGUGGUGGACCUGGCGCGGCGCGAGGCGGCCGAGCUGCAGGCGACGAAGCUGGACAGCCGCUUCUGGGGCGACCAGGCAGAGGAGGACAAGAAGCGCCCCAUCCACGAGUGGGAGCCCAGGCCGAUUGGCAAGACGGAGGAGGAGCUGGCUGAGGAGUCCCGCUCCAUUCGUGACGAAAUCCAGCGCCGGUUGGAGGCGGCACGGAAUGCGGAGGAAGAUGCCGAGUUUGAUGCGACAUUCACGCACGAGGAGAACCAGGAGCGGCUAGAGCUGCGCGAGGCGCUGGAGCGCAAGAAGGCUGCGCUGGACCCCGAGGCGCGGCUGGACAAGCUGCUGGCGGAGUCCACGUACAGCCAGCCGGGGGCGCUCGUGGAGCUGGAGCUGGCCAUGGAAGAGGCCCACGUGGGACCCGUGCUGCCCGUGCCCGCGGCGCCGGGCGCCGAAGACUACAGCGAGCGGGUGAAGGAGACGUUCCGCGAGCUGCAGGACGUCGAGCUGGACAGGGCGCGUGACGCUGCGCAGAGAACCAAGGGACGGCUCACAGCGGAGGAGGGCGAGGAGGACGACGAAGACGACGAGGCAGCACUGGCGGCGGACGCGCGCGCACAGAUCGAAGGCCCGGAGGGGGAGGAAGAUAGUGUGAAGCGGCUGGAGCGGCUGGAGAAGAAGAUCAUGGACCUCAAGUGGGAGCGCGUUGUGAAGGAGGACAGGGAGGCUAGCAAGGCCUUCCAGCUGCUCGGAGUGACCUACGAACCGCUGGUGCUGGCCCACAAGCGCCUCAUCUCGGGCCUGCGCAACCGUGAGCUGGCCCUGGACGCACGCCUUGAGGCCGCCCUCGCUGACUUCUUCGCCCAGUGGGAGGAGCAGUACGGCCCGGGCGAGCCCGAGCAGGCGCGCAUCUUUGACACGUGGCUGGCCAAGUGGGUGGCUGCCGAGCAGCGCCUGGACGUGGAGCCCCAAGAGCAGCUGGCAGCACGUGCCCAGCAACCGCAGCCGGUGCGCGUGGACGAGCUGCUGCUGCAGGACCAGGCGACUCCCCCGGUGCUCAAGGGCUUCCUGGCCAAGCUGGCCGAUCUGGAGAAGCAGCGUGACGCCGAGGCUGAGAAAGAGCAGAAGGCCUGGGAGGGAGGCCGCUUCCUGGCCCUGCCGGCCCCUGGCGAGGCGCCCCCCACGCCGCCGCGGCAGGAGGUGCCUCCGUUGGAGCUGCACGACGGGCUGGAUGCGGUCGACAUUGCACAGAGGCGCGCGCGAGAGCUGCUGGCCGAGCUCCAAAUCGAGCGCGUGGAGGCGGAGGUCACCCGCCAACUGCGGGCCCAAAUUGCGGCACCAGAUGGCGGCUGGGACCUAAAUAAGGCCGCAAAAGCACUGCGCACGCUGGGAAGCGAACGGCGCAGGAAGCGCGCAGAGGAGUGGGAUGCGGCCCUGCGCGACGCAUUUGAGAACGGGAACCUGGACAAGUACCCCCUGCUGGUGCACCUCGAGCGUGCUGCGCAGGAGGAGCUGGGCCUGCAGGGCGAGCUGCCGCGCGGCCACAUCCUGUGGGCGCCGCUGCUGCGGCCCCCGGCGCCCUUCCCGGCCGCGGGCCUGGAGGGCAGCCCCACUCUGCCCUUGCCCUUCCGCAUUGGAAAGGAGAACCUGCUGGCGCGCCUGCGCAGCGACCCCGAGUCCCCACUCUACGACGGGUCCGCGCCUACCGACCCCAUCUUCCAGGAAGGAGCUGUGGCAUGGGAUCUGGCAGCGGAUGCGUACAGCGGGGUAUAUCGUCCGGACUCGAUUAUUCAGCCAAAGGACAGCAGGGCAGGAAGCGGCAGCACAGAGUGGGAGGCCGCCGAGCAGAAAGGAGUCAAGUGGUUGAGCGAGCUGCAGACACGCAUCCUGGACUCCGAGGCGCCAGGGUGGAGAGAGAAAGCGGCGCAGGCGGCCCAGAUUGCGGCUCCGUUUUCCGCAACCACGGCGGAGGCGGGGCUGGAGGCGCUGGCGGAGCACCCGCUGUUCGACCUUCAGGUGAAGCCGGCGGACUUCAAGGAGCAGCUCGCCGCCCGCCUGGUGGUGGCCCAGAUGACGGGCCGCGUAUUCAACAUGCUAAACAUGGAGCUGGCGCCCGGUACCGACCAGGCUGAGUACGUGUUCGCCCCCAAGACCCGCGCGCCCGAUGGUGACACCGACGCUGGGGAAGAUGCGACCAUCUGGGACGACCCCGACCAGCCCGAGUGGACGCCCGAGCUGUCCAUUUACGAGCGCAGCGAUGCGGUGCGGGGCCUGGUGGCAGGCCAGGUGAAGCAGCUGGCCCGCUCGGUGCCCGCGCCAUCGGAGCUACCCCCCCCGGGGUCGUCAGUUAACUUCGACUCUGCGGUGGAGCAGCGCAAGCAGCAGGUGCUGAAGAACCUGGUCAAGAACCAUCACCCGCGCAGCUACGAAAAGCUGCCCCGACAGCUCAAGGACGCCCCCGAAAGUUGGCUGCCUGGCGAGAACGAGUUCACAGCCAACGAGGCGGAGGUAAACCGCUUCAUUGACAGCGUGCGGGAGCCCAAAGACCUGGAGACGACCAUUGCGAGUUUGCGUAAAGUGGUGGCCGCCCAAGACGAGUUCUCCCAAAUCGUGGAGCGCGGCAACUCCCUGAUGACGUCUGCGGAGCACCAAUUUGUGAAGGAGUUCUUGGUGCCCAAGACGGCGGAGCUGCACCGGUUGGAGAACAAGCUGUGGAAGGAGGGCCUGCUGCUGGCGAAGGAGCAGCCGGAGCUGAUGGCGUUCUGGAAGGCGGAGUGGAACGCACGCGAGGCGCUGCAGCGCGGGGUGGCCGCGCUGAUGGACCAGCCCGAGGCCAAGCGGACGCAGAAGCAGCACGACGAGACGGAGGCCGCGCUGAAGGACUGGUACGGCCGUGCCAACGAGACGCUCGAAGAGGCCGCCGAGAGGAAGGCCGACGACAGAGCCACUCUAGAAAGCCGGCUGUCGGCUGAUGAGUUCCUGGCGCCGGAGGUGGAUUACAACGGGCGGCCCGUGCUGACGGGUGCGCCGGAGGAGGUGGGGGCCAACCCCGAGGAGGAGUGGGAGCUGGCGUACGAGGAGAUGGAGCAAGACGACGCGAACGCCUCCUUCUACAACAGGCGCGACGAGCUCGACGAAGAGUUCUUCGAGGACGGCCUACGCAAGGCACGCGAUGCGAUCCGCAAGCUGGGCGGCACUGCGGCUUUCUCCGAGGACCUGGCCAACUUCACGCGCACGCUGUUCAAGGACGACCUGGAGCUCGCCAAGGAGCUGCUGGGGCCCGAAGACGAGCGCACCGACGGGGACGAUGACGGCGACGAGGAGUACGAGGAGGUAGAGGUGGAGGUGGAGGUGGACGACGACGAGGAGGAGGCCUACCCGCAGGAAGAAGGUGACUUUUGGGAGGCCGUCAAAAGGCAGCUGCACGCGACUUCACCAGCAGACCUGGACAAGAGAGUGGCGGAACAGAAGACCCGCGCGUUGAGCCUCAAGGACGUGUUGCCAGAUGCGCUCGAGUCCAAGAUCACAGCGCAAGUGGAAGCAGAGCGGCCUGCCUCAAAGGACAAGGCGGUGCUGUGGAACAUGACGGAGGACGACGAGACGAAGCUGGACGUGUUUGCAGUGGCCCCCGACGGCAAAUUCUCCAAGUUCGACUCGCAGAACCGCGCGUUCCUGCCGUACGCCGACCUGGACGCGCUCGUCGUCAACCCCGCAACGGCGAAGCCGCGGCCAGGGUCCCCUGAGGAGGAGGCUGUCCUGGCCGCCGAGCAGGAGGCCAAGAGGGCCGCCGCCGAGGAGCGCCGCAACCGCGGGCUGGACGACGUCAUCCCGGCCGAAAGGCUGGAGGUGGACCAGUACGGCUACGCGGUGGUCAAGUCGGGCGUGGAGGAGGAGGAGGAAGACGAGCGCACGACGGGCCAGGAGUGGCGCCGCCAGCCGUGGUACAGCGACGAGCCCUUCUUCGACUUCCUGGAGAUCCCCAAGGCCGCGCCCGAGCUGACGCUGGACCACGAAAAGGAGUUCCUGCUUCAGGGCGUGUGGGCCGCCGCAGCCAAGACGCCCUGGAUUGGCGACGAGGGCGAAAUCACCGACCCCGAGACCAAGAAGGAGCGGGUGGACGCUGCAGUGGCCGCUGCAAAGGAGGCGGGCGUGCGGCGCAGCCAAUGGGCGUCGGCGUCCAACCCGGACGACGCCAAGAUCGAGUACAUGCUGGCGGACGACGUGGACGAGGUGGAGCGGGACGUGCUGCAGUGGGUCACUGUCACGGGGGCCGAGGGGAAGCCCUUCCUCAUCUCCCGCAACGCCGAGGGCGCGCUCGUCGCCAAGGGCAUGCCCGCCCCCGAAACCGAGGAGGAGCGCGAGGAGCGGCUGAAGCGCGAGGCAGCAGAUUUGGUGCGCAAGGCGCAGGACGAGGCCGCCGACGACGAGUGGGCGCGCCUGCUGAAGACGGAGGAGGAGGUGGCCGACGCCGAGUAUCCCCCCGACGGCAACUUUUGCGAGUCGUCGGUCGGCAACGACGAUGACGUGGACCCGGACGCGGAGGUGGAGGUGGAGGACGACGAGGAGGAGGAGGAGGACUUCAUCGCGGACGAGGAGCCCCUCGCCGACGAUGACGACGACGACGCGGGCGGCGAGGCCGAGGAGGAGGACGAGCUGGACGCGGAGGACGCAGCGGAGCUGCAGGAGGUCAUCCGCAAGAUCAACGCCGGCGAGUUCGUGCCGCCCCGCAUGCCCGACUUCCUGCGCAACCUCCUGCGCAGGAAGCCUGCCAAGCGGCCGCCGCCGCCCACGCAGGAGCCCGGCCCAGGACCAACUGCGUCGCUCACCCUGGGCGCCCUGCGGGUGCUGCCUAACUACACGGACGCCGUCCGCUGGGUAUCAAAGAUGUCGGCCGAGAUGCAACACAGACCGCCUCGCGCUGCCAAGAAACUUCCCAAGCAUCCCAAGGGAAGCAAACGGUCGAAAACCGCGUCGAAGGGAAAGCGUGCAUGCCCCGUUGACAGGGGCUGCUUCUCGUUAGCAUUGCCACUCGGGAAGUGGACAAUCCCGGAAGGAAUCUAAGAGCUAAGCUUGCUGACCAAUUGGUCAGAGGUUUGAGUUGUCGAAUGAUCAGCAAGAAGGGGUUACGAGGAGUUUUAUGCAUGAGACACCCCUUCUUCAACAAGCAAUUUUGCCGACAGCUAGUUUCAUAGGUAGCUAGUCAAGCAUACCAUUCGACACGCAGAGACA